AUGCUGGGCUUAACGGUCCUGGGAAUGACAGUUGUGGUUCUGACUGGUGGAGUGUUCAGCGUGGCAGACUGGGACCUGGGCUGGGAACAUAAGCAGUCCUUGGUCCUCAGGGGGCAGCUGAACCAGGUGUCAGCAGAAGGAGAACCUUGCAGGCUGGGGACUAGGGCCCGAAGACCCCGAACUGCUCCCCUGCAUCAUCUCUUUGGGGUUUACCCUAGCAGAAGAGUGGACUACUUGCAUCCCUACCCCAUCAGGAAACCGAGAAGCCCCUCUGUAGGAAAUAGUAAGCCUGGCACUGAGGCAAGGGUUACAGAUAAUUUUCAUCGAGAUGAAACUCAAAGUCGAGCAAGGAGUAUACCCACACUACUGAGCAGGAGUCGAGGUCGGGGCAUUCUUGCCCCACAGAUGGGGGACAAUCCUAGUGAGCAAUCUGAUGACAUUCACUUUGGGGGUCAAGGCUUCUUGGAGUCUCUGAGUGAGUCUGGGACUGCAGAAGGAGCUGCUGUCGGCACUGAAGCCCCCUCACACCCACAAGGACCAGAACCACAAUCCCAAAGAAAGGGGGAAGUGAGGGUCAGACAUCGGAGACAGGCACAGGACAACAAUGCAGAGAACUUGGGGGAAAACCCCAGCUGGGGAGGAGCAACCUUUAACUCCCAAGAAGGGAUGCCUAUCCUGUACUUCUCUGGGAGGCGGGAACAGCUAUUGGUUCGCCCAGAGGUGAUGGUUGAGACUCCCCGGGAAGCAUUCACGAUUGAAGCCUGGGUAAGACCAGAGGGAGGGCAGAACAACCCAGCCAUUAUAGCAGGUGUGUUUGACAACUGCUCCCAUGCUGUCAGUGACAAGGGUUGGGCCUUGGGUAUCCACUCACUGGAGCAUCAUGGGAGGAAGGAUGCUCGUUUCUUCUUUUCUCUCCGCACAGACCGUGUGAAGAAGGCUACAAUUGUGACUGGGCAUAGCCGCUACUUGUCAGGUACAUGGACACAUUUAGUGGCCACUUAUGAUGGACACCGCAUAGCUCUGUAUGUGGAUGGAGCUCAAGUUGCUAGUAGCCUGGGUCAGUCUGGCCCCUUGCACAGCCCAUUUAUGGCAUCUUGCCGUUCUUUAAUCCUGGGUGGGGACAGCUCAGAGGAUAGGCACCAAUUUCGUGGGCACAUGGGCAGUCUGACUCUCUGGAAUACAGCACUUCAACAAAGCCAGCUCCAGCAGAGUUUCUUGCAACCAAGUGGGUAUGGGGACUUAGCUUCCUUGGCACUCAGUGCUAAUUUCGCUCCAAUGGAACACCAAUGGGUAACCUUUAAAGAUGGGGAAUUUCCAAGUCUUGAGAUGCUCCAGGAUCCAGAGCCUGAGCCUGAGAUUUUGUACCCUCUCAUGCCUCCACCUUGUGGGCGAACUGCCUGUGACAAUGUGGAGUUGAUCUCCCAGUACAACUGGCACUGGCCACUGAGGAGCGAGAAGGUGAUCCGUUAUCAAGUGGUGAAUGUAUGUGAUGAUGAUGGAUUGCACCCUACUGUCAGCAGCGAGCAAAUCACCCGUCAGCAUCAGGCAUUGAGUGCAGCCUUUAGUCAGUACAACAUCAGCUGGCAACUGAGUGUCCAUGAAGUGCGUAACUCCACCUUGCGCUAUCGGGCUGUCCUGGUGAACUGUGAGCCCAGCAAGAUUGGCAAUGACCACUGCGACACUGAGUGUGAGCACCCACUUACUGGCUAUGAUGGGGGUGACUGCCGCCUUCAGGGACGCUGCUAUUCAUGGAAUCGAAGGGAUGGUGUGUGCCAUAUGGAGUGCAACAACAUGUUGGAUGACUUUGAUGAUGGCGACUGCUGUGACCCUGAUGUGACUGAUGUACAGAAGACCUGCUUUGACCCUGACUCACCCAAGAGAAAUAAAAAUGGCAAACUGGAGACCAGAGGAGGACAACCAGAGUCUGAAGGGCUUCAAAACAGACUAGCUCGCCUCUCCACUCACCCAUCCUUGCUGGUGGCUGGGCCAAGGGAACGGCUCAGCUGGGGCCCUGCAGUGUCAGGGUCUGUUAACCAUCAUCCAGACUUCAUUAUAGGUGGUGUGGUCCUCAAUCCAACCUAUUAUGGCAUGCCCGGCCAUACCAACAUCAUGAUCCAUGAAGUAGGACAUGUCUUGGGGCUGUACCAUGUUUUCAAAGGGGUCAGCGAAAGGGAAUCUUGUGAUGAUCCCUGCAGAGAGACUACACCAACCAUGGACACAGGAGAUCUUUGUGCUGACACAGCCCCCACACCCAAAAGUAAGCUGUGCCAGGACCCAGAACCUACUAAUGACACCUGUGGCCAAAACCACUUCUCUGGGACACCAUUCAACAACUACAUGAGCUAUACAGAUGAUGACUGCACUGAUCACUUCACCCCAAACCAAGUGGCCCGUAUGCAUUGCUAUUUGGAUCUCGUGUAUCAACAAUGGAGUGACAGCAAAAGACCCACCCCCAUCCCAAUUCCACCAAUGGUCAUUGGACAGACCCAAGAUUCCCUCACCAUUCACUGGCUCCCUCCCAUUAGUGGAGUUCUGUAUGAAAGGGAUGCUGGCAGUCUGUGUGGAGUGUGCACAGAAGAUGGGACUUUCCGCCAAUAUGUCCAUUCUGCUUCUUCACGUCGUGUGUGUGACUCUUCAGGUUACUGGACUCCCGAGGAAGCAGUAGGGCCCCCAGAUGUGGACCAACCCUGUGAGCCAAGCUUACAGGCCUGGAGUCCAGAACUCCAUCUGUACCAUAUGAACAUGACUGUCCCUUGUCCAGCAGAAGGCUGUAGUCUGGAGCUGCUCUUCCUCCAUCCGGUCCAUGCAGAUACCCUUACACUGUGGAUCACCUACCUCUCCAUGGAUUCCCCCCAAGCUCUCUUUGACAUGGAGGUCUUAAUGGAAAACCAUGAAUCUAUUCAUCUGGGACCCUUGGACGCCUUCUGUGACACUCCCCUCACUGUCAAACUUAAUGUUGAAUGGAAAGUCUCAGGAGUGAAGGUCUACACAUUUGAUGAGAGGAUGGAAAUUGAUGCAGCUCUCCUUACCUCUAAGCCUCAUAGCCCACUAUGCUCUGGCUGCAGGCCUGUGAAGUACCAGAUCCUUCGGGAUCCCCCAUUUAAAAGCAACUCCCCUGUCAUGGUGGCACAUCGUCAUCGGAAAUUCACUGAUAAGGAAGUUACUCCUGGUCAGGUAUAUCAAUACCAGAUUCAAGCUGCAGCUGGCACAGAACUGGGAGAAGCCUCUCCUCCUCUGAUCCAUAUCCAUGGCACCCCCUACUGUGGGGAUGGGCAGGUGACAGAGAGUCUGGGAGAAGAAUGUGAUGAUGGAGAUUUGCUUGAUGGAGAUGGCUGCUCUAGAAAAUGUGAGAAGGAAAAAGGCUUCAACUGUGUGGGGGAGCCAAGCCUGUGCUACAUCUAUGAGGGAGAUGGAAUAUGUGAGCCUUUUGAGAAGAUAAACAGCAUCCUAGACUGUGGCCUCUAUGCUCCCAAAGGAUAUCUGGAUCAAUGGGCCACUCAGGCUUAUACAUCUCAUCAGGAUAACAAGAUGUGCCCUGUUUCCUUGGUGACUGGGGAACCUCUUUCCAAGGUUUGCAAAUCCCACCAUCCCAAGUCACCAGAGGACCGUUCUCUUGCUGGCUGGUUUCCCUGUAUCACUAGUGAAGGACAGAGAAAGCAGCCUGAGAUAGACCUAGAGAGGGCUGAAAAGGUCUGGCUCAAGGUAUGCUUUGACAGACCUGGUGUGGCCACCACAGUUUUCAUUUUCUUGGCAUCUGAUGGCAUGGUCCAUGGGGAAAAGCAGCGGCCAACAGUGACUCUUCACUUGAGUGAUGCCAGUGGACAAAACCACUCCCUUGGAACCUAUGAGUUAUCAUGCCAGCAUAACCCGUUGGCUAUUAAUGUGACCCACAAUCUGAAUUUCCUUUUUCACCAAACCACCUCAGUGAUGCUUAAUUUCUCUUCACCAUUUGUGGGCAUCUCAGCAGUGGCCCUAAGGAUUUCCUUAAAUAUUAACCCUUCAGCCCCCAAAAACUGUAUCCCAGGGCAUGAAGGGCAUGGACACCAACGACCAAGCUGUGCCCAUCAGCCUUACAGAGAACAAGGCAGCUGUGUGCCAUUGCUAUUUGACCAUGCAGAUGUGGUGAAUUGUACAUCCAGCAGUCCAGGACACAUGAAAUGUGCUGUCAUCUGUGAAAAGGGAUUCAUCCUCCAGUCUAGCAAUGGACAGAGACUAAGGCCCAUGCAGAAGGAGAUUCUGCUCACAUGUUCCUCUGGCCACUGGGACCAAGCUAUCAGUUGUGUCCCCCUUGAUUGUGGUGUUCCUGACCAGUCACAUGUGUACUACGCAAGCUUCUCCUGCCUAGAAGGAACUGCCUUUCUGAAACGUUGUUCUUUCUCCUGUAUCUCACCAGCUAAACUUCAAGGAAUGAACCAGUGGUUGACCUGCCUUGAGGAUGGGCUCUGGUCUCUCCCAGAAGCUUACUGCAAAUUAGAGUGUGAUGUUCCCCCAGUCAUACCUAAUGCCAACUUGCUGCUGCCUCGCUGCCUCCGGGGAAAUCAUGAUGUAGGGUCCGUCUGCCGAUACCAAUGUGAACCUGGAUACUAUGUAGCGGAGAGUUCAGAAAGCAAGCCCAAGAACAAGCUUCUGAAGAUACAGUGCCUAGAGAGUGGAAAUUGGAAGCAAGGCAGCUGCAUCCCAGUGGUGUGUGAACCCCCACCUCCUGUCUUUGAAGGCAUGUAUGCCUGUACCAGUGGCUUCAAGCUGGGUAGCCAGUGUGUACUCAACUGUAACCCGGCUCAUCAAAGGAAGCCCAUAAUUUGCACUAAAGAAGGUUUAUGGACAGAAGAGUUUAAGCUGUGUGAUAACCUUCAGGGGGAAUGUCCUCCUCCUCCAGAGCUGAAUUUAGUGGAAUACAAAUGUGAACAGGGAUAUGGAAUUGGUGCCACGUGUACGCCAUCCUGUAUAAUCCCCCCUAGUGAUCCAGUGAUCCUGCCUGAAAACAUCACCACUGACACUGUGGAACAUUGGAUGGAACCUACUAAGGUCCAGAAUAUAGUGUGUACUGGGAGACUAAGGUGGCAUCCAGAUCCCAGCCUAGUUCAUUGCAUCCAAUCAUGUGAGCCUUUUCAAGCUGAUGGGUGGUGCGAUACAAUCAACAACCGAGCCUACUGUCAGUAUGAUGGCGGAGACUGCUGUUCUUCAACCCUCUCUUCCAGGAAGGUAAUCCCAUUUGCUGCCGACUGUGAGCAAGACGAAUGCACCUGCCGGGAUCCUAAAGCAGAGGAGAAUCAAUAAAUGGGGCAAAAAGACACCGUUGCUGGCCCAAGAGUCUGUGAGCCAGAGGCGACCCCCUGGGGAAGUCCCUCUGGCUAAGGGGGGUGGGGUGGGCGAGGAAGGAAGUCUGAAGAAAAGAAUCCUCUGGAGACAAAGACUGAUGGAAGCAAGAAGUGCCUGGAGGAGCUCAUAAAAAAACAAGGGGAGGGGGGAGAAGAAGAAGACGUCCUCUGAGAGAAUGCCUCUAAGUGCCAAGCAUGGCAAAAGACAUUUGACUUAUUGAUAAUCAUCAUCAUCCUAAAUUGUAAAAGGGGAGAACCUCAUUCAAGUAACAGGAUAACUACUCUUGAUGGGUCAAGAUCCCCCUAUACCAUGCUCUACUCUCAUUCUCAUCUUAGACACUCUCCUCUGUUUCUCCUCCCUUGCUCUCCACCCCACCCACACCCAACUUGUCAACUCAAACUCAACAUCAUGGAGGAGAAGCUGCCAGGGACUCUUUGUACCUUCUUAUCAUAAAUGGUCUGCCACCUAGCCGGCUCUGUCUUCUCUAACCUGUCUUGCUUCCUU